AUGAUGGCCUCGGAUCAGGAUGAUGGGCUCGGAAGAUGGGCUCGGAUCAGGGAGAUGGCCUCGAAUCAGGAAGAUGGGCUCGGAUCAGAAAGAUGGGCUCAGAUCAGGGAGAUGGGCUCCGAUCAGGGAGAUGGGGUCGGGAGAUGGGCUUGGAUCAGGGAGAUGGCUCCGAUCAGGGAGAUGUGCUCCGAUCAGGGUGAUAGGCUCGGAUCAGGGAGAUGGGCUUCGAUUAGGGAGAUGGGCUCGGAUCAGGGAGAUGGGUUCGAUAGAUGGGCUCGGAUCAGGGAGAUGGGCUUGGAUCACGGAGAUGGGCUCCGAUCAGUGAGAUGGGCUCCGAUCAGGGAUAUGGGAUCGGAUCAGGAAGAAGGGCUAUUUUCAGGGAGAUUGGCUCUUAUCAGGGAGAUGGACUCGGGAGAUGGGCUCAGGAGAUGGGCUCGGGAGAUGGGCUCGGAUCAGGGGAUGGGCUCGGGAGAUGGGCUCGGAUCAGGAAGAUUGGCUCCGAUUAGGGAGAUGGGCUCGGGAGAUGGGCUCGGAUCAGGGAGAUGGGUUCCGAUUAGGGAGAUGGGUUCGGGGAGAUGA